AUAAUAAUGUUUGUCCAAUAUUUGUAUACAAUGUGUGUGUUUUAUACCUAUUGAUUCUCUUUGUGUGACCAGCCUUAUCUAUUGUAAAAAUAGCUACAAAGGUCUAAUAAAUUAUUAUUAUUAUUAUUAUUAUAUAUGCAAGGAAAUUGCUGAACUAAACUUAUUAAUAGUUCCACAUCUAUUGUCUCAAGGGCAGACGCAGACAUACUCUUUUUUAUUAUACACUAAACAAGCAAUAAGCAAAUUAUUUAGACUAAAUAGCGGUUUAUUUUGAGUAAAAGUGGCACCUUGAAAUUGAAAACAUAAAAUAGAUUUAGGUUAUAAACAUAGAAAACCUAACCUACGGAUAGAAUGAAAACAGAAUUACGAUUCUUAAAACUGUCAUGGCGCCCAUCAAUAUGGCUUCUCUAUUAGGCUUCCAAGGCAACAGGUGGCACUGAAGUGUGAUUUCUUUAACCUCGUGAGCGUGACCUGACGAAACAAACAAAUUAAAAUUUAAAAGCCGCAUCAUCCAUAGAAAACCUAACCUACUUAGGUUUUCUAUGGCAUCAUCAAAUCGAAGCCUUGCACUCGUUUGUUGUUUUGUGUUUUCGUUUUAAUUCUAAUCUCGAGCUGUUUAAAUUCGUGUUAUACGAUUUCAUGUGUCGUGUUAAGUAAUAUUGCAGUUUGUAUUAUAUUAUUCUUUGAACUUUUGUCUUUUCGUAUAGUGGGUGUUUAUAGGUUAGUUUUGCAUUAGUGACGUUUAUUUGAUUAGGAACCCAGCAAACACAAAUGUUUCAAUAAGAUCUCCGAGAUGUUGCAACUAAAGCUCUGAUGAGAUGUGUCGAUGAGACGUAUAUUAGAUGUUUUUGAAUCCUUAAUAUCGCAUGUGUCUGAGAUGUCACAUUUUCAAUGCCCCAGGGAUAGUUCGCCUAGUGCUCAAUACAAACAUCUCAGUGGGACUUGUAUGCCAUAUCGCUGGGACUAAACAGAGGUAUCUGAAAAACGUGUCAUCUAGCUCCCAGAGCUGUAUCAAUACGGUCUCUGAGAUGUCACAACUAAAGCUCAAAUGCUAUGUCUCUACGAGGUACAAGCCGAAUCACCGGGAUUAAACAAAGACGUGUCAGAAAUAUAUCAUGUAUCUAACGUAGAUGUUUCAAUAAGAGGUGCUGUAAAAUAUAUGUAACUUCUCAACGCGACACACGUACGUGUAGUAGUAAUAUAACGGGUGAUUCAUAUAAUGAUUGCGGACAAUUUGAAUUUUCAGUUGGGUACACAAAACAUUCAUAAAGUGGGUCACAUGCCAAAUGUCAUUUAUUUAAAUGCGGAUUAAUUUAAUGGAUAAUGCCAAUGCCUUACGUAAAAACCACUAAAAUCUACAAUCAGUAGGUUUUGUACAUCAAGAACUUAAUUAUUACCGAAGCGGGUCGUUGAUGAGAUAUGAAUUUCGAACCGAAUCAUAACAGACAAAUUUAUUUCAUAUUACUAACUUAGAUAUAUCUGUUAAAAUACCAUAGCUGAACUAAUUUUUAAUAAAUACGAUUUUUAGAUAGGUAUAGUAUGAAUUAAAUAUAAUUUUUGGGGUUUAUUCGUUUUUUUUUUCAGUAGGCCACGAAAUAUUAUAAUCGCCGUGCGAGUACAAAGUCAACAACUUUGUAAAUUCUUUGAAUUGAAUCUUGUUUACUUAAGAUACCUGUUUAGCGGAUCGAAAAGUGUGCUUAACCGGUUCUAGGGUGGAUAUUCGUUUUCGUUUUAAGGGUCGUUCAUUCAUUGAUUUCGUGCGCGUCCUCGUGAUUGUUAAUUUUGAUUUGUGUUCGUGAUUAGGUACAUUUCCGGAAUCCGGUUGGUUUGAAGGCAUCACUAUAGGUAAGUACGUACCUAAUCUAUCUAUUUUUGUUUGUGUAUUUAAUUAAGAUUGAAAUUAUAUAAGCAAAGAUAAAUGCAAGUUUUUCGAUUUUGAUGCACAUUAGAUAGAUGGACAGGCGAAUUACUAUAAAAUCUUAAUAUUUGUGUGAAUAUGUAAUCACCGGCAAUAAAUUAGCGAAAUUUCAGACAAAUUCCGUUUACACAAUCAAUGGAACGUGUGGGUUAAAAAUAUUGAAAUUAAGAAAUUUCUCCCUGUAACUGUAAACAGUUUACUGUAGAUUUUGGCGCUGAACUGUUUUUUCGCAUUUGUCCUUACGGGUCACGGAAUUAUUAUCCUGAUGAGCGUACUUCUCGCGAUCAAUAUCCAGUGAAUUUUUACCCUACUGAUGAUGACCACUUAGUGGUCGAAAUACGUAUUUAGGUUUUUUUAAAACUUAUUGUGGUAAAGGGAGAAAUUUCUUAAUUUCAAAAUUCCGUUUAGCCUAGGGUUGGUAUAAGGAAACAAAAUUGCCGUUUCUACAAUACAAUUUUGAUUCUAUACAAUCACACAAUGUAUAAACUAGAAAAGGAUUUAGUUUAAUUUAUAAUGUUAAACAUUACUUAAGCAAUUUGGAAUUGAAAACAAAGUGUUGUUCAAGAUCUCUAGGGGUAUGUAUCUGUUUCACGCAAACCGUUGCCUAAAAGUAUUCAAGCUCUCAUUGACAAUAUGAAUCUGAAAAGUUGCUACCAAUAUAAUUUUUCAUAAUUUAUUGAAGGAAAAUAUUAUCGUGAUCGUUACAUUUCCGGUUAUACCGGAUGUCGAUAGCAAUUUUUUUAUUUUGAAUAGAACACCCCAUAUUUUAUCGCAUUUUAGAAAUCUACAUGAAAAUCUACGUCUUUUGAUAGAGAGAAAAUAUUUUUGAUAAUCUAAUUGACUCGUAACUAUGGAUCACUGUUUUUUUGUAGCGUAGGCUGCAUAGUAAAUUCCGAGAUAAAUGCCGCAAAAAGCAAUAUGGGCACGAUGCCCGUUUUUAGCGCAUUUUUUUUAAUAAUUAACACACGAUUUACCCGUCAUGGUAUUCUAAGGAAAGGACUCAUCAAAAGGAAUUGGUUUCUAUACAAACUAUAAGUGUACCACAAUAUUGUUGGUGAAAAUUUAACUUAAUUGGUAUAACAUUCAUAAUUGAGUUGACUUCACAUGAGGUACUUAUUUUGCAUCUAUGCUGGGAAUGCAUCUUAUACUGAGGUUGCCAUAUUCUUUUGUGUUUUCGAAGGUCUAAGUAAAAAGGUACGUCAUGAGCAAGAAAAGGAAGCCAUUUUGUGAUCUAUCCGAUAGACAAAAAUGGAGACUAGUGGAAAGAGAGAUGAAUCCUAACACAGCCAUUUGUUCGCGUGCCACUGUUUCAGUCCCAACUCCAAACCAUAUAAUGGAGAAAACAUCUCCAAUUCCGGUGGACAAUUACGUUAUAGACCAGGGCUGCGAUACCGCUACUUGGUUGGGUUCUGCAUCAUCAAUAGGUGAACAUAGUACAGGCACUAGUUUGCCAGCUGCUCAUUCCCAGGCUAAUUCGGUAAACUCGGAAACAUUCAGUGUUUAUGUAAAAGAUAUUGAAACUAACACAUAUGAUAGUUCUAGUGGUUUACAAGAAGAUCUGAGAACAUGGGUUAUCAAGUAUUCACAAAUACCCAGAACUGCAGUGAAUGAUUUGCUGGCUUUGCUAAGAAGGAAUGGUCACUGUGAUUUACCAAACGAUUCCAGAACAUUAUUGAGUACACCCAGAAACUCAGCCAAUUUUAUCGAAACAUUUAGUUCAGGUCGUUACGCACACUUUGGAGUGUAUGAGCAAUUGAAAGACUCUAUCGUGAAACACUACCCUAAAAACCAAUACCCUACUGAAGUGAAUCUACUUAUAAACAUAGAUGGGCUACCACUGUCAAAGAGUUCAGCUAUUCAAUUUUGGCCUAUACUAUGUGCUAUCCUUUCUAGUGAAUUCUACACAACCCCAUUCCCUAUAGGAAUUUUUGAAGGAAAUACGAAACCAGAUGACGUAAACCAAUUUUUAAAAAAAUUUGUAGACGAAACCAAUACCAUUCUACAGUCGAGUAUAAUUUUAGAUCAUAAAACCAUUGUGGUAAAACUGCACGCUAUUGUAUGUGAUGCUCCAGCCAAGGCGUACGUAUGUGGUAUAAAAAACCAUACAGGCUAUUUUGGUUGUCCCAAAUGUAUUCAACAAGGCGAAUUCAUUGAAAAUAGGGUUGUGUUUACCGAGACAAGUUCAAGUGAGAGAACUGAUGCAUCAUUUAAAAACAGAAUUCACCCCGAACACCAUAGAGAAACGACAGCAUUGGAAAAAUUACCCAUAGGAAUGGUAUCACAAGUGGGACUGGAUUAUAUGCAUUUAGUUUGCCUGGGUGUUAUGAAACGUCUGCUUCAGUUUUGGGUGAAAGGAAAAUUAAAUAUCAGAUUGAAGCCAAAUAAAUUGGAAGAAGCUUCCAGUAAACUAAUAUCGAUGAGAGCCUAUAUUACUCUAGAAUUUGCACGACAGCCAAGGAGUUUAAAUGAAAUUGAUCGUUGGAAGGCGACAGAGUUUCGACAAUUUCUGCUGUAUACGGGGCCAAUUGUAAUGAAUAAUAUAUUGUCUGUGAAAACCUAUAGACACUUUAUGUGUUUAAGUGUAGCUAUUAGAAUAUUGUGUGAUGGUAAUUCUGAUACUGACUUGAUAGAUUAUGCACAUAACUUGCUUCUAUAUUUUGUACGAAAAUAUGGAAAUAUGUAUGGAUUACAUUAUCUAUCAUAUAAUGUACAUAAUUUGAUACAUUUAGCGCAAGAUGUAAAGAGAUUGGGACAGUUAGAAAAUUUCAGUGGUUUUAAAUUUGAGAAUUACUUAUAUAACUUAAAAAGAAAGCUCCACAUAUCGGGUAGACCCCUUGAACAAAUAUGCAACAGAAUUAUAGAGGAAAAGAAUCACAACAGAAAUGUUUUACAAAAGUAUCCUAUUUUACAUUCCAAGCUUAAUGUAAUUUACAAAGCAGAGUUUGAGUCGUUCACCCUAACUACGACUGCACCAAAUAGUUAUUGUAUCCUUUAUGACGGGAGAGUUGUAAAUAUUUUGAAAAUAUCUCAGAAAACUAAUGUCUUAUGUUUCACCGUGAACACAUACAAAACUAAUACAUCUUUUUUUUCUGUUCCAUGUAAAUCAGAAAGUUUAGGCAUUUUGUAUGUAGCAGAUGUGAUGGAAGACACUUUUGAAAUACCAUUUUCUGAUAUAAAAAAUAAAUGUAUGUGCCUUAAAUAUUUAGAUGGAUAUGUUGUUAUGCCAUAUUUGCAUUAAUUACCAAUUGUAAAAUUAUGUUGUACAUUUUAUU